AUGUCGAAACGUAUCAUGAACGAAGUAUUCUGUACUGCUGAAGAUAUGGGACUUCAAAUAUUUUACCAGGACUGUGAUAGCAUGCAUAUUUUCAAUGAAGACAUACCAAAGCUUGCAGCAGAGUUUAAGAAUAGUUACGGUCGCGAACUUAUAGGAAAGAACCUUGGUCAAUUUCAUUCUGACUUCGCAGAAAUAACACCUGGAAAACAAAGUUUAGCAUACAAGUCAAUAUUUUGUGGAAAGAAGACCUACAUAGACUUACUCACGAAUGAUUUAAAUGAAGUUGCAUUCCAUGCACGUUGCAAAGGUGUCAAACAAGACGUUCUUGCUUUAACAGCUAAUGAAAUGUUUCCUGAAGCUAUACAAUGCUAUUACAAUGAAGAUAAGAACAUUCACAUACCUGUUGGAACAUAUGACAAAGACUCUGAGUUCAGUUUAAUGAAACUUUACAAAGCACUUUAUGACGGUCAAGAGAUUGGAUUUGACUUAUGUAAGUCAUGUCAACCUUGCUUUGAAGAGAAGUUUAACUUCUCAAUAACGACUAAAACAAGCUUUAUUCGUAAGUUGAAGUUCUGA